AUGGCCAUUCUCUGCUCGCAACCCUUCUUCACUUGUGUUUGCGAAGUCUUGCACGACGCGCCGGGUGGCCGCGCCCGGCGCGAUUGUGUCCUGCAGGAUUUGUCCGAGGAAGACGUGGCCCGGCUCACAAAGAUUCUUAUGAUGUCAGCCGAUGAAUCGAUUGCCAGCCCCAGCGAGGAGUGGCUCAAAAAUCAGAAAGAAGAAGUCUCGAACGCGGACAGGCCUUUGCGGCGCCAGUAUGCCCAGGCGGCGGCCCAUAUAUCCAACAUGAGCCGCUCACUCCACAUGCCUGCCCGUUCUGGCAGAGCCGAGCUCUGCCCUGCGCACGCCCAACUAGACCCGAGGGUGAUAGAUGACCUACAACGCUUGAUUGGCCGUUUGUGCAAACGGAAGCUCAAGAGGCUUCGAGAUGACUAUCAGGGCACGCCACAUCAUCCCGAAGUAAUAAGUUGGCUGGAUCGACUCGAAUGUAUUAGACGCGUAUGCCUCGACGAUUUCAACGAGCAGUCCUCAAGACCUGCUGGAACGAAGGAGGGUAAUCUCAGAAAUGUCCUUUCCCACAGAUUUGCGAAGUUGAUUGAGAACUUUCUGGGCCAGAAGACAACAUGCGCGGCCUGUAUUUGUGCUGCGGUGGGCGGAGAUCGGUCGAUGCUGGCUGAUCUCCUCGCCGGAGUCUGGGCGCGGGAGAUGGUAGAGAAGACUGCUGGAUCAAAGAGGAAGAAGAAGCACAGACCAGAGCUCCUGUGCGUUCUCGAGCAAUGGGAACGUCACUAUCAGGAACAUCGACAGAAUAGAAUUCAGGACGACGCUCGCCGUUUGAAGCCCCUUGUUGUUGCGGCGCUGGAGCAGGCGGAUCUUAAAUCAGGGUACUCGGAACGAACCAAGUCUCCAUCCCUACGGUCUGAGAAGGAUGAUCUGGUUUCUGAUCCAAACCCGCUGCAAUUUUCCCAGCACACUACCGCAGGAAUCUCGGAUGAACACCUCGGCAGCACUAUAUCUCGUCGAAGCCGGGAAGUCCCGGUGUGCAUAUCUUCUUAUGGUGAAGAAUAUCACGAUUUGGAGGAAAAAGAUCCUAGAUGUCAGGAGCCAUUUCGGAGCAACACAGCUCGAAUGGAAGGCUAUACCAGUUCAGGAGAACACGCUGAAAUUAUACAGGUAGACCCCUUCCCGAACAACAGAACCUAUGAAGAGGACUAUCCCAGUUCAGAAGAAGAUGAUGCCGAGGCGAAUAUCUUCCUAAGCGCAAAGGUUUAUACAGCCAACCCAGACGUUCUAAGGGCCAGCGCAAUCCCUGCACCCCUCAAUCCCUGUCCCCCACAAAUCAACCUUCCACCCAUGAAAUCAGGCCAUUCACGAAAACAAUCAUGGGCGACUGUCUCGGUGCAUACAGCACGGCAGUCAGAAGCUGGCCUGUCCCCUGAGUACUAUUCUCCGCCCCCUAUCCCCCCUAUCCCCUCUUCUCUCCCAGCCGAGACAUACCAGCGGCGACCUGUUUCAUCAGUCUACGAUGUCGAGGGAGGAAACCCGCCACCUUCACCCUCAGUUGCCACGUCGAAACUGCCGCAUGCCCCGAUCGGGAGGAUGAUCUCGAUGGUGGACCACAACCCCAAGCAUCUGAACCCGGAGGCAUUGAAGGCGCUAGAGGGCCGGGCAAAAUUCGUGUCGACAGGCUCGAUACCGCCAUAUUUGCUCGCAUUGUGCAAACCUCCCUGA